CUCACUUUGGCCGCAUGACCAGUUAUUCAACUUAGAUGAUGACUUGUGUGUGUGUGAGAGAUAACUUGGCUGAUGUCGGUGUGGUGAAGUGCCUGUAUGCGUCAUGUGGUUCAUAUCCUGCAGGCAAUGACACCUCGCAGGGCCUUUUGGAAAAUACCGUUGGUGGCAUACAUGGUUUGUAUACAUGUGCGAUCACUUGAGAGCUAAAGAUGUGAGUAUUAUUACUUUUUGUUGAGACAGAGCGACAGAAUCGGGGGGGAGGACCAAAUAUUCAGCUGCUAAGCCGCCAGUGGUGGUAGUAGCUGCCGUUAUUUAUUGCAAUUGUGCCUGACAAAGAUCCCUGAAGCGCGACACUAGUUUGGAUGUCUUUUGGGUGGGUAUCAUCGCUACGGUAUUUAGUGUUAUUAAAAAUGAUGUUCUUUCAUCAAACAAGUGGCGGAGGCCGGUCUAAGGCGCUUUAGGGCUUCUUAGCGCUGCUGAAGGAGGAAGAGGGACUCUCUAAAAUCUCUUUCUGUCAUUCAAACCGGCUCAAAACCCCCUUUGCUGAGAACAUACAGCACAGAUGAGUGCUGGAAGUCGACACUCACACACACACACACACACACACACACACACACACACACACAUACAGUAAACACAUACACACACAUGAGCUGAUGAGAGCCUGGUUAUGGGACUUGUAAUCACAUUCUGUCUACACACCAUUUCUCAGCUCUGCUUUCAAGUCUUUCUCCCUCACACGUCAGUGUGCCUGAGAUAUGCGGAGCAUUUCCAAUCUGGACAAGCAAUUGUGAAUGUGUUGCCCUUUAAAACACAUACAUAACAUAAUAAAAAAUACUUAUUUUUUUGUUGAUAUUCUGCAUCUCUACUGGGCAUGCCUUUGUGAGAGAAUAAAUUGAAAAAUUAGCAUGCACUCAAAUGAUUAUUUCCGCCACUAGGCUUUUGUAGAGCCACACUAAUGGCACAGUUACUGUUGACUAAAUGCAGACAGACACUUUGCACACCCUCAACAGUUCUCAAGUUUAUUGUGGUGGUUGGUCCCGCCCAUUUUUUGGAUAGUAGCCAACCGCUGCUGAUGCGGUUGCCAAAGUAGGCAGAUUUUCAUCCUUGCUAUGAAAGCAUAUUUGUGAUUAAAGCACUGUCAGCAGGCCAAGAACAAUUCACAACAUGGUCCAACUACACCAAAGUGCAUUGGACUAUCAGUUCUGGUCUAUGAAUAAAUGAAUUUGAGGACACCCUCAACUGAUCAUGCACAAAAUGGCUUUUAAUUCAUUGGUUGGUGCAACAAUUAUAUCAGGAGGUACCUUUGUAUUUUGUAUCUUAUUUUAAUGAUUUAGGAUCAAGAUUUAACCGGUUUAUUGUCGUACAUGAGAAACACAGUGGUUACAGAGCAGUGGCAUUUUGCUAAUAGCAUUCAAAAAUAAAGUAGAGCUGCAAUGAUUAAUCGAUGAAUGGCUUAUUAAUAAAUCAUCCAAUUAUUCGACAACUAUUUUGGUAUUGGAUUUAAAUGUAUUGUAAAUAUAUAUGCAAACUGUAAACCAUUCAUUUUUUAUGUUAACUGAAAAACACUAAACCGGAACAUAUGUUGACUGAUGUUUUAGUGUAGUUCAGAAAGAUCAAGGAUCACCUUGAGCAAAAAAAAAUCAAACUCACACAGAUCAGUAACAGCCCAGCAUGAAAAAAAACCAAAAAGUAACCCAACCGGACAUUUCUCAAGAAGCAACUGGGAGAAACAAUAGCUCGGUCCAUCCUUAUAUUGUCUCCCUGUGCUGAAGCCCAACACACUUCUUAAUGGGUUCCUGGCAUUGACAAGCAGGAAAAAACAGUGUUUGGAAACAAGCAAAGAGAGAGCAGAAGGGAACAUGGGACUUCCUUAAUGGUACCUUCGCCUUUCAAUGCUGUCGUCUUAUUGGCUGGCUCCAGUAGGGAGGAACGUCCUGGUUGGGCGUCGAUGGAAAUGGCCGCUCCCUGCUGGGAGUCAAAAAUCUAUUGAGGGUGUGUGUACGCAAUGUGUGUGUACGCAAUGUGUGUGUUCAUGUGCGGAUGUGUCUGUGGUAGAAUCCUGUCUGUUCUGUACUGAAAUAACCUUUGGCUUUCUUAGUGUGUGUUUAAAUGGGGACAUUGGAUCCGUGGUCGACUGAAUCCUGCUUCUCAGGGCUGCACUGUAGUCCAUGACUGACAUCCCUGCAUCCCAUGAUGGACAAAAAAAGUGCCAAUGGCUUCCAGACCAAAGCCAGUGAAGGUGGUGUACAGAGAAAGCAACUACCCUACUCAGUGGAAACUCCGUAUGGCUUCCACCUGGACUUGGAUUUUCUCAAAUAUGUGGAUGAUAUCGAAAAAGGCAAUACCAUCAAACGAGUCCACAUCCAGCGGCGGGUCAAGGGCCCACCCAAAUUCAGUACUCUACCCAGGAAUUUCAGUCUCCCGGGGCAUGGAAUACGGCCAACUCCUAAAGACAGUCCAUGGUCUGGGACGUCUACAUUGGGACCAAAACCGAAGUCACGCUUAACAGAGGUUCAGCAGAUCUCUGAUUUCAGAACAAAUGAAGGAGGAACUUUAAGCAGAGGGACCACGAGCCAGGGAGCUAGUGUUGUUUCAGCUAAGCUCAGAGAUGAAGGAGUUCUUGGGUCCCAGGGAAUUGAUGAUAAAACUGUGGGCACUCAGAAUCGUCCAAACCUGCUUCGCGCAUCAAGUAUGCCAAUCACAUUACAACAGCGGAAAGGUUCUGAUUCAAGUAGUCCAGAUCGUACUGUUGGAACACCAGAGAACGGUUCAACUGAAAACAUGUUCAGAGCUUCACCAGAUGUAACAGAAAGAAGAUGCAUACCCCAAGAACGAGUAGGGAUUCACCAGCAGAUCACAGUUGCAUUGAAGCGAGUCAGAGAGCUGGAGGAACAGGUCAAAACCAUCCCUGAACUUAAGGCUCAGAUUUGCUCACUGAGGAUGGAGAGGGAGCAGCUACUACGGCAGCUUCAGUCCCAAGAAAAGGCCCACAUUUCCACAUCAUCGUCUAAAAUGGCUCAGACUACUGAUCCUGGAAUAAACACCCAACCACAGUCAAGCAGACAUAAAGAAAGUUUGAAUUUGUGUUUGUCUCCCCAACCCAAUAAGAAUUUGGAAACUUCGAAACAUUUGACAACAACUUCAGUAACUGAUGAAGAGAAACAACGUAUUGCAGGUGCAAAUAGUGUGAUUGAACAAGAGGCAGUGAAUCAGGGAUCAGUGAAGAGCUCAAUAGAAUGUCAUGACAUUUGUGAGCAAGGGUCUAAUUGGAAAGGACAGUUGUCAGACAAACAGAACGAGACAGUAGGUAGUCCACUGGAACAUGCAUCGCAGGAAGAUAGCAAUGUUGCAAAAGGAGGGAAUUUUGAGGACUCGGGGAGUAUCCAGAAUUUGCAUGAAAAGCUGGCAACACUGGAGGCUAAACUUCUUCAGGCUAGUCAAGAGCUGGAGAGAACUAAUGAUCUGUUGAAAAAACAAAUAGCAGAGAACAAAGUGAAAGAGGAGAGAAUACUAGAGUUGAGCGACGGAAUUAGCGUUGAGGUGUCUCCAGUGGAAACGUACAGCAGGCCAAGAAGAGAAAGUAUAGACACUGGGACAGAGACUGAGAGAGUACACUAUUCCAACCAGGAGACGGAGACAGAAUUACCUGGUACAGUUGAUAAAGGAACUGAUACUGAAAGAAUAUGUAUUGAAGUAUCUGUUUGCAAACCGAUAUCUGGAAGUAUCAAUCAGGGAACAGAGACUACCAUGACAGUAGUCGAGGCAGAAUCUGCAUCUGUUAGUCCACAAAGGCCUACAGUCAACAGCAUGGAACAGGGUACAGUAACUGAAAGAGCAACCACUCAGGAUCAGAUGACUGAGACACCGGUAACCGAAAGGGUACACCGGGUCACAGAAACAGACGGAGAGACAGAGACAGACCACCCACAGAGACCGAGGGCCAGCAGUGUUGACAGGGGGACAGAGACAGAGAGAGUGGACACCGUGGACAGGGUGACAGAGACAGAGGUUGCACAGAGGAUUGACCAGCAUACUGAGACCGAAGUAGAAAGACCAGAAGACAACAAUCCAGCCAGAAAUACUGAAGCAGAGAGUCGGGUGAGAGAAGGUGAAGCUGAAACUGUGGUCAGUGAAAGUACAGAAGACAACAAGAAAGUAAGUGACGGAAUUCAGAAAGAUCACAGAGACGAUGAAAGGGUGGCAUCGGAAGUUAUUAGUGACAGUUCUGUUGCAGUUAAAGGAAGUGUAGUUGAAGGAACAUUGAGUUCAGAAUUUGUAAGUCAGCUUGAAGACAAUAAAAGUCCAUGUGUCGCAACAGGAAAACUUGAAGACUCUGCAACUGAAAUAAACCCUGCACAAACAAACUCAGAAACAAAAUCGACCUUACCCCCAGAAAGCGCUGAAUUGCAGCAUGUUGCAAAAAAGACUUUGGGUACUGUCACUGCUGCAGUGGCACCAGAAAGUGCCGUUGUAAAGACAGAAGUUCCAGUAAGACCCCAAAGAGGUCGUAGGUCAUCAGCAGAUCAGGCACAGCAGGCAACUCCUCAACUUCAAACCACUCCUGUCCGUCCUCGUAGGGGUUCCAGUGAAACUCAAAGUCAGCAGUCAAAGACAGUCAAAGACUCUAAAUCCCCUGCGGAACUCUCUGAACCAACAAAACACGAAUCACCUUCCCAAUCACCAAGCAACACUAAGCCACCAUCUCAAUCACAACCUCAAACUGAGAUUCAGUGCCCAUCGCCAAUGUCCAAAGAGGUCCAGACUCGUCCCAAAUCAAUUCAGUCCCAGUCUAAAACUACAACCCGACGGGACUCAAAAGAGCUGAAAGCACCUACUAGGGCAUCUAGCGUAUCACAGCCUUUAAGACGUGGAUCUGGAGGUGACCACAUCCAACCAAAACGCCAGGGAUCGGGUGAGGUCCAAACUCAGCUUCGAAGACGUUCUGAUGUGAGUCAACCUCUUCAAAAAGACCCUGAAGUACAGACAUCACAAAGAGGCUCCACUGAAACGGCGCAGCGUCGGAGUUCUGGUGAAGCUGUGGCCUCCCGCCAUGACACCGGUGAAGCGCAGCAAGUACGCAGAGGCUCAAGUGAGUCACCAACCUCGCCUGCAGCUUUGGGUCAAGUCGUAACCCGGCUAACAGGUCUCCUGGGGGAGCAGUGGGCUCAGCUGGGAAGCGGUUCUGGAGCUCAACAGUUGGUCAACCAGCAGGAGAGCCCUGGCACACAGAAACAGACGGCAGGGAAAAAAGCAGAGGCAGGAAAUGUAGCAUCGGCCAAGCCUGCGGGGAAAGCAUCAACCACAGGGAAACCAGCAGGGAAGCCUGGCCCUUCCAAAAUGAGCUCAAUUCAGAGUCAACUGGUCAGUUCUCUUAGUGUUCUUUCUGCAUUCUACUCACCGGGUCAGAAAUCUGCUGCUGCCAACAAGCAGCAAGAACAAGGUCUCAAAUCUAUUAUGAAGAAAAAUGGGGUUGCUGACAAGCGGGGGAGCAAGGGAACCAAGAAAAACCUGAAGUUCGUUGGGGUGAAUGGAGGGUAUGAGAGCACAUCUAGCGAUGAGUCCAGUGUAGACGAGAAGGCAAAAGUGGAUGUCGACAAGGGUGACAGCUCAGAGGCAGAGGAGGAGAAAGACAAGGAGCCUAAAUCAGCAGAAAAGCCCGAGGAGGGAGCAGAUGCACAGGAGAAAGAUGCAGAAAUCCUGCAUAGCGAAGGGGGUGCAGUGGCAGCGGAAAAAGAGAGCGAAAAAGACCUGCUGGACCGAGAGAGCAGCCAGGAGCUCCUGGAGGAAGCGUCUUCAGGAGAAAAAGUCGACAAAGGGUUUAUAGAUGCUUGUCUUUAUGUAAAGGAUCGCAUGGAGGAGGUUACAUCCCCAGAUAAAGAAAUGCGUCAGGUUCUAGUGGUCCUUUACCAGGAGUGGUUUAAAGUUUCAAGUCAGAAAACCUCGCAGGCAGAUACCGUUAGGUCAUACCUGCGUCAAGUGGGCUUGACCACACCCACUCUGCUGCCGUAUGUAGUUAACCUGACGGACGGAAACGGGAACAUGGCUCUGCACUACAGUGUAUCGCAUUCAAACUUCCCUGUGGUAAAACUGCUGCUGGAUACAGGUCUUUGUGAAACAGACAACAUAAACAAGGCGGGCUAUACUCCGGUCAUGCUGGCCGCGCUCACGGCUGCUGAGAGUCCAGAUGAUUUGGAGGUGGCACAGCAGCUGCUGCAACUUGGGGACGUUAAUGCACGCUCAAGACAGACGGGUCAGACAGCGUUGAUGCUCGCUGUGUGCCACGGGCGCCUCUCCAUGGUGAAGCUGCUGCUGAGCUGUGGCGCAGAUGUAAACGCUCAGGAUGGCGAGGGCUCCACGGCCUUGAUGUGUGCCAGUGAGCACGGCCACACUCACAUUGCCCGCCUGCUGCUGGAGACAGGUCACUGUGACACCAGCCUCACGGAUAAGAAUGGACAGACCGCUCAGGAGGUGGCAGAGGGAGCCUCCCACCCAGACAUCGUUGACCACCUCAAAGCACAUAGCAAGUCCAAGUCUGACCACUGAUCCAAGGCGAUGUCUCCUCCAAGCCUCUCCAGCUCAUCUUGCCAACAUCACAGAGGAACUUAAACUAGGGAUGCACAGAUAGCCCUCUCUCUUUCUGCAUAUGUGCUGUUUACCUUCAAGCCGUGGGAGACUGACACAGUCUACGGCUACAUUUCUCUUCCACGGGUCUGCCAACAUGCCCUGUGCAGUUUUCAUAGAUAUGCUGCAUUAGCCAGGUAACUCACUGGACACCAGGGUGGUCGCCUUGAUGAAAGAGGUCAUGUGACACUGACAAGGAUUUGACAGGAUGCUCCCCGGAGAAUAAAAAGAGAAUAUGAAGAGUGACAUGAAGCCAGAGGGAUACAUGGAAUAACUGCUGCUGCUUCUUUAUAAUACUCUUCAAUCAGAAUAAUAAGCACAUGCUCUACCUUUUAAAUAACACAUAUGGAAGAUAUUUACUAUGACUUACAUCUUAUUUUUCCCCCCUCGCCAUUGACAUACUUUUUUAAAAAAUGUGUACAUAAGCCAUUAUUAUACAACAUAUAUGUACAAUCCAUACAAACACCAAAUCUGUAUUUUCUACUAAUUUUAUUUUUAAUCAUUGUUGUGUAAGUAAUCCUUUUGGUGUAUAGAGGCCUAUAGCUUAUAGAAAUAAAAAGUAAUAGUAAUAUAAUUCCUGUAGUAUUUUGCAGCACCCAUUUGACAACAUUCAGUGUCUUAUUUUUGUAAAAUUAAAUGUGUUUUUUUAUAUAAGUUCACGCUUCAAGAAGAAACACUGAUGCCUCAUUCUGUGAUAAAGUUGUUUUAUCCACAAAAUAUGAUUUUUUUUUGUAACUAAGAAGAUUGUAUUGUGCAUGACAUACACUUAGUCGCUCUUGGCUGUCCAUGAAGUUGUAAACAGUAUGUUGUAGUACUGUCUGACACCCCUCCAUGUGUCCUAAUAUCACCUUUGUCUUCUUCACCUGUUUAUUUUAUGUAUGCAACAACAUGCACAAUGAAUGUCUGAGCGGCUGAUACAUUCCAAAAUAUUUUUUUUCAAAAUGUAGCAAUUGGAACUUUACCGGGAUUGACGUACGUAGAUAUGUGUAAAAAUUUGUUUUAUUCUUGCAUUUACAUAAAUUUAUAAAAAAAAAUAUGAGUACAUAAAGUGGUGAGAUUGUAGUUCCAGCAAACCCAUUUACUCCAUAUCAUAUAAUACAGUAAAAUACAAUUACAACAAAAUGCACUUCCUUUCUUCAGCUAUGAUAAAUAUCUGUCAUUCUGUGCUUUGUAAUAUUUGUGCUAAUAUGGAAAUGUGUAGACGUAAAGAGUACAUCAAUUCUAUAUGCUAAUAAUAUCAAACAUAUACUGUGAAUACAUGACAAGAGAAGUUAUUUUCAAAAGUGGCAAUCACACAAUAAGGCUUCGUUUGCACAAACUUGCCAGAACAUUGUCUCAUUUGGGAUUUUUUUUUUGUUUGUGCAUCGAUGCACACAUGUAUGAAUAUCUUCCCAAAGUUGUGUUAUUAACAUAAUUUGGUAUAUUGAUCCUCUGUGCCAUCAGGUCUACAUGGAAAUCAUGUAUAUGCUUAAUCCAGUGUGACCCGGAUGUUACAGGAAGAAGGUUUUUGCCAAAGACAAAUUGAAAUGAAAUCGAUUUCACACGGGGUUAAAUAUAUAUCUUAUGUGUUCCUGUAAUGCCAGCCAAACACAUGUACAUACAGCAUUGUGAAAACUAUAUAACCUCUAUUGUCAAACAAUACUCUCUACAAAUAAUAUGAAAUAUUUAUUCUAAAUGAUAUAUUUUUUACCAUAUAUAUAGAUAUAUAUGUAUGCAUGGUGAUUCCGGUGAUUGAAAUACAAUACUGGCCAAGUCGAUGAUAAUCAGAUGGAUUGACAGGUGGUGUAGUAUUGGUGACUUUUUCACGUGCCCUUCCGUGUUACAGUUGACACGUUAAAGCUAUCAUGGAAAGCUAUAAUGAAUAUGCGACUUUAAAUAGAAAUGGUUGACUCUGACAGUGAAAUAUAAUAAAUAUAAUAAGAUAUACUGCUCUGUGUUAUCUCAGCGGGCUUAUGUGUUGGAAAGAGGAGAACGAUUUCAAAAUAAACACAAAC